UCUAAAAUUUGUUUCACACCUCCACCCACUCUCCACGUCGUGCCCGCUCCGGGUUGCUGGCCGUCGUGGGCAGGGGUCGCCUCGGCAGGGUGAGGGUUGUGCUCGAGAGACGGAGACGGAGAGAGAGAGAGGGGAAAGGGGGGGGACCUCUCCGGGCACCCCGGGACCCGAGCCGCGAUGUUUAGGAAACUGAAGCAGAAGGUGGACGAUGAGCUCCGGGGCUCCCCCGCCCGCUCCACGCCUCAGCAGCGGCAGCAGCAGCAGCAGCAGGCGGGAGCCCGGCCGAGAGCCCCGUCCCUGCCGGAGGGCAGCUUGAUGCAGGAAUCUCCCGGCUUCAGCCCGGCCGACAGGGAGCUCCUGGCUGGUGUCAUAGCCGAGCCAGCGUUAAUUUCAGAGUACACUUUGUUUGCUGUGGAAGGCAGGAAAGCUACCAGCCACAAGACACGGUUGGGUGAUGCAGGUGCCCAGGAUGACAGCCGCGCUUUGCCCAGAGAUGGAGAAAAUGUCAAUGGAGACCAGGCCACACCGACCAAGAAGUUGGAUUUCAAUCCUCUGCGGAAGAUGGAGCUACGCAUCCCGUCGAUGGAGUCGCUCUUCCGCACUGGCUCCAGGGAUUCCCUCAAUCGCAUCGACGAGGAGAGUCAGCUGAGGGCCGUGCCGCAGUCGCCCACCCCCGGCCCCGAGCUGGUGUCGGACAUCGAGAGCGAGUCCGAGGAGGGCUCCACAAUGCCCAGCGGCGGCAUCGACGGCCUCAGCCGUGACGAGAUGGCGCACCGCCUGGGACGGAUGGAGCGCAGCCUCGCCAAGUACAGAGGGAGGUACACGGAGUUGGUGUCUAUUUGCAAAGAUCUUCAGCGGGAUAAAGAAAAACUUCAGGUGGUCUUAGGUCAAAACCAGGAUCGUGCUCUGAGGAGGAUUUCGGAACUGAGAGAGGAGCUGCAGAUGGAUCAGCAGGCUAAGAAGCACCUUCAGCAAGAGUUCGAUGCCUCCCUCGAGGAGAAGGACCAGCUCAUCUCCGUGCUGCAGACACAGGUGGCACUGCUGAAGAAACAGCAGAGAGUCGACGGAAUGUCCUUGGACGAACACGACUCUGGGUCCGGGCAGACAGGCACAGACGGCGAUGCGGAAAGGAGCGGUGGGGAUGUACAGGAGGCUUCGAUUCCCCAUCAUGCCGAGCGUGGAGAGGGACCCCACCCACCUGAAGAUGUCCACAAGGAGCUGGAAGCGACGCGCGAGCGAGUGCGGCGUCAGGAGAACCUGCUGAAGCGCUGCAAGGAGACGAUGCGCGUGCAGAAGGAGCGCUCGACCCAGCUGAGUGCCGAGAAGGAGACGCUGCAGGAGCAGCUUGACGAGCGGCUGCAGGAGCUGGAGAAGCUGAAGUCCGAACUGGGUAUAGGUCUGGGGGAAGAGCUGAAGCACACGCAGGAGCUACACACGGCGGAAAAAACGAAGCUCAUCACGCAGCUUGGGGAUGCCAAGAACUUGAUCGAGCAGCUGGAGCAAGACAAAGGCAUGGCGAUUGCAGAGACGAAGCGUCAGAUGCACGCCACACUGGAAGCCAAGGAGGAGGAAGUGGGGCUGCUUCGCUCUCGGCUGCAGGACGUGAUGAGCGAGCGCGAAGAGCUGGCGGAGCAGAAGGAGCGCGCUGACCGUGCCGCCUUUGAGGAGCUGGAGAGGACAGUGGGUGCAGCAGAAGAGGCGCGGAGGAGGGCGCAGGCGGAGAUGGAGGAGCGGUUGGCAGCUGUGGAGCGUGCCGGCGAGGAGGAACGGCAGAGCCUGCUUUUGGAGCUCUCACGAGCCAAGCAGGAGGUGGUGAAGCUCAUGAAGAAGUCAUCGGAAGAGCAGCUGGCUGGCCUACAGCAGGCGCACGCCGAGGCUCUCGCCCAGAGGGACAGCGAGUGGCAGGAGAAGCUGUCUCAGCGUGAGCACGCUGUCCAGCAGGGCCUGCAGGCCUCCCUGGAGCAUUGCCGCAGCGACUUCUUGGCCCAGCUUCGGGAGAAAGAGCAGCAGCAGCUGCUGGCCCUCGAGGAGGUGGAGCUGCAAAAAUCGGCCAUCUUGGCACAGGAAGAGAAGAAGAGGGAGGAGCUUUCGGCCCACGUGGAGGCCCUGCGAACGAGGACGCUGGAGUUGGAGAGCUUGGUGGAGAAGAGCACAGAAACGCAACCCGAUGGUGGUGGGGUUGUCCCUGGCACGCACGUGGAGGCCGUGAGGCUUUGCCACCAGGUGGAGCUGGGGGCCGUGGCAGGAGUUGAGGAGCAGAAGAUUUUACAAAAGGAGCACGAGGCAGCCUUGCAGGCCUUGUGUCAGCAGCACCGGGAAGAGGUGGAGAAGCUGCAAGCAUCUCAUCUGGAAGAGCUGAAGUUGAAGGUGGAAGAAAAUAAGUGCAAGUUCCAAGAGCACAUUAUGGACAUGAAUAUGAAGCAUAUGCAGGUGCUUGAAAGUAUGCAGGACGAACUGGAGAAGACCAGUUUUGACUUGGAGGAAGUUAAACGAGUAAGGGAUGAAUUUGAAAGUAACUUAAACAUAUUGAAAAAUGAUAAAACGGUACAGCAGCAGCAGUUUGAGGAGCAGAUACAGUUAGAGAAAGAGCAACAUGAACAAGAGCUUGGCUCACGACAUGCAGAGGAGUUGCAGAAACUAAAUGAUAAAAUAGCUGCGCUGGAGAUGGAGAGGACAAACCUGGACUCUUCCCUGGCCGAAGCCAAAGCUGCAAGUCAAGCCGCUGCUGACGAAGCUCGACAGGAGGUUGUUCAGCUCAAGAAUGAGCUCCAGCGAAAAGAGGAGGAGACUGUGGCGUCGAUUGCAGAGGCGAAUGGCAGGACGAGUAAACUGAGCGAGGAACUUGAGAACCUGAACGGGACUCUCGGCGAGAAGGAUGAAGAACUUGCAUCUCUGAGACAACAGCUGUCCCAUAGAGUAGAAGAACUCAAUGUGAAGCUGGAGGAGCAGAAGAGAGUUCUAGAAGAGAGCAUUGAAAUGGCCAGGGAGCAGCAUGACGUGCAAAUCAAGGAGCGGGAUGCAAAGUUGGAUCUUUUCAAACAGAAGGGAAAAGAAAUGCAGGAGAAAUAUAAAAAGAAGCUAUCGGAUAAGGACACGAAGUUCAAGGAGGAAAUAGGAAAGCUAAAGAGCGCUCUCGGCAAGAAAGAGCAGGAGAUAAGUGACAUCAUGAGCGAUCACGCUCGAAAGAAUUCCGAAGGAAUGGACGAUGCCCUGCUGAAGCUCGAGGCGAGGCAGCGAGAUCAGUUACAAGGUUUGGUGACGAGACAUGAGCAGGAGCUGGAAGAGGUGGGCAGGAGCUGGGAGAGCAGGCUCGGCCAGCAGGUGGAGGAAUUGAGAGAGAAGCACGAGGUGGAACUGCAGGAGAAGGAGCAGAUGGUGGCACGACUGGAGAGCAAGAUUGUAGAUUUUGAAACGGAGAGGAAAAUUACAUCGGAGGAGUUGAUCGCUGCAAGAGAAGAGCUAAAAGAAAGAGAAAAUGAACUGCAGCUCCUGCAAGAGGAGGUUGUUCAAAAAAGCAGCAAGUUGGAGGAACUCGGGCUUAAUCACGUUAAGAAUGUUGAAGAGAUCACGCUCGCCUUUCAGGCGAAAAUAACAGCAGUGGAACAAGAAUGCUCACAAAAAAUUUCCAAAUGUGAAGAACUUGAAAAUGAGUUAUCGAGGACAACGGUUAAGUUACAAGAGCUGGAGCAGGUUUAUAAAGAACUUCAGGAUCAGAGUAAAGAGAAUCAACAAAAGAUUGAACAUGCAUGUGUUGAAAAAGAAGCAGAAUUUAAAGAGGAUGUUAAAAGACAGUGGACCUCCUCAUGUUCUCACCUGGAGGGGGAAUUAAAAGGGUUAAUGGAUGGCUGCAGCGAGAGACUGUCAAUGUCAGUCAUUGCUGUUGGCCAACGACUUGAAAGCUGCAGAGACUUGACAGACAAAUUGAAGGAUGGCAUCAAGUCCAGAGACCGCAAGUUAACCGACCUGGAAGUGCAGCUCAGGAACCUCCGUGAGCAGAACGAGCAGAUGCAGAAGGAGAGGGAGGAGGAGCUGCAGCAGAGCUCUGGGAAGGACAACAGCCUGGAGCAGCUCACCCAGGAGCUGCGUGCAGCUUUAUCGGAGAAGCAGGAGUUGGAGAACAAGACUCUGAGUAUUGCCAACAACCUGAGUGAAAGGGAAGCGUUCAUUGAGCAGCUUCAGAAGAGCGUGGAAUACAACAACUUGGCUUCGAAUGAAAUGGCAGAAAAGCUCAAGGAAACGGACUCCCGUAUUACUAGCCUGGAGACGCAAAAUCGCGACAUGCAGGAACGACUUUCCGCAAGCAUUAGCUUACAGGAAAAGGAUGAACUCAUAGCCCAGCUGGAGGAGAUGCACGGUGUCAAAGUGGAACAGUUUAUAAAAGAGGUAGACGAGCUCUCUGUGGCUCUUUCUAAAGAAUCAGAAGAGAAGGCAGGGGUCUGCACACAGGUCGAAUUCUUGGAGACAAAAAUUGCUGAGAUGCAGAAAGAAACUGAGACGUUGUUGACUCAAAAACAAACGGCAAUUGAAGAACUCCAAAGUCAGGUCAAGGAUCUUUUAGCAGAGCAUGCAGCCAGUAUUGCUGAGAAGAUGACUCUAAUAGAGCAGCUGAAUGUGGGAAAGCAGGAGCUAGAGAGGCAGCUUGUGGAGGUGCAGUCCUUGCUGAAGGAGAAAGAACUGGAGAAGGACAAGCUCGCGAAGCAGCUGUGUAACACAGAGACACAGCUGCUCCAGAGGCUGGAAGACACCAAUGCUGAAAAAGAUAAAGUCUUCAAAGAGCUUGUGUCGCAGCUGGAAGAAACGAAGGCCAAAUUGUCCUCUAUUCAGAACCAAGCUGACUUUGCAAAGGCAGAAAACGAGAAAGUAAUUCACGAGUUGAAAGAGGCACACGGCAUAGCUGUGCAGGGCCAAAGAGCAGAAAUCUCAAAGCUUCUUGGUGAGAUUGAGGCCUUUAGAUUAGGCGAUGGGGAAGUGACCAACAAGGUGCGGGGAUUCGAAACGGAGAUGCAAACGUUAAGGGCUGAAAUUGUACAAAAGGAGACGGAAUGGCAAAGAGCUAUGGAGGAGAUGAGGGAGUCUAAAGACAAGGAGUUGUCAACUCUUCAAGCACGACUGACUGAGGAAAGCUCUGGCAAGCAAGAGUUGAAAAAGAAAGCUGAGCAAAGGAUAGCAGUUUUAAAACGACAGAUGGAAGAAAAGGAGAAGAUUACUGUGGCCUUAGAGCUCAGAAUAGAGGAAUCGCAAAAGCAGGUAGGAGAGAAGGAAGCUGCUGUACGAGAGUUUCAGGAGAGAACUGCAGCUCUCCAGAAUGCCCUUGAGGUAGAGAAGUCUAAGUUGGAGUCCACAGUGACAGAGAAAGGAGAUUUGGCCAUUACGUUAGAAAGUAAACUGAAGGAAACUGAGGCCGUCGUCGCGGAGAAAGAAACGAUCAAUAAGGAACUGGAGGCAAAGGUGGGUGAUCUAGAGGCUGCUCUGAGAGACAAGGAAAAGCUGGAUGUAAAGCUGAAGGACCUGGAGAGUAGCCUGCUCGACAAAGAGGCCCUCCUGCAGAGCUACACUGCCGGAGCGGACGAGAAGGCGCGCUCAGAACACGACCUACAGAGGCUGCUCGGUGACCUCAAGCAACAGCAGCAGGAGCUGCACGGCAAACUGCAGGAAGCCGAGACGGAGAAGACUCAGACGAAGAAGGAGGCCACUCGGCUUCAGAAGGACCUGCGGGUUCUGCGUAAGGAGCACCAGAAGGAGAUUGAGGUGAUCAAGCAGGAGGCGUUUAAGGAGGCUGCGGAGAAGUACAAGAACGAUUUGGAAGACUUGCAGGUGCAGCACGGCUCGGCCAUAAAGCAGCUGAUCCGCGAAUUCAACACAAAGAUGUCGGAGAAGGAGCAGGAGCUGGAGGCGGCCGUGAAAGAGGCCAUGAACAAAGGUGAGGAGGUGGAGACCGAGUUGCUGCGUUCGCACAAGAGCAAGGUUCAGGAACUGCUGAAGCAGCUGACGGAGAAAGAUGCCCACAUCACCCGCACUGCCCAAAAGUAUGAAGAAAUCGUGCAGAGCCGGGACGAGGAGCACCAGCAGCAGGUGCGGGAGCUGCAGGCGGCGCUGCUCGCCGAGCAGGAGCAGCACCAACAGAGAGAAGCUGCCCUGCAGGAGCACGUCAACCAGCUUGGCCUCAACUCCGCCCAGCAGGAGAUGAAAAUGAAGCAGUAUCUAAAGAAAAAGCUUCUGUCCAUGAGUAAUCUACAGCAGGACGUUCACAGGCAGAGCCAGACAGGAGUGGAAAAUAUGCAGAGUCAACUUGCAGAGAAGACGACACUGCUUGCAGAGGCCCGGUUGCAGGAGCAGGAGUUCAAAGAAAAGAUUAAUUCCUUACAGGACCAGGUGAAUGUUUACGAGAAGCGAAAGGCUCUUCCGUUUGGGGCAUCGUACACAGGCGCACAUGGGAGUCAUGAUUUGUCGGGAGAGCCGACAGAGUUUGAGUACCUGCGGAAAGUACUAUUCGAGUACAUGAUGGGGCGGGAGACCAAGACUCUGGCCAAAGUCAUCACCACGGUGCUCAAGUUCCCACCAGAGCACAGUCAGAAGGUGAUGGAGCGCGAGGAGGCGCGUGCCACGUUUGCCGUUUACCAACGGUGAGGGCCGUUUGUCUUGAAGUGGCGCCUAUGAGGAGGGAUUGGCUCCAGUCCACCAUCCUGCAUUCCCUUCACCUACUCGACAACACUUGCACAACCUCACCCCCCACCACUAAACGUGUCAUGUGGCCACAGCAUACUGUAAACGCGAUAAGCAGGACUUGAAUGAAGAACACUAAACCACUGGCUCGACACACUCCAGCUUUCCAUGACAGACAAGUCUGCAGGAGCAGAAUUGCACCAUGGCCCACCUGCCACAGAGAAGUGCAUUUCACGUAUGAGCUAUGGUGGAGAGAGGUGGGCCAUGAUGGGCUGUGGGAACUGGAGUGGAACUACUGAUCUAAAGCUAUGCAGAUGAGGUUUUCGGUUUUUUUGGGGAUAAGGGUGCGCAUUUGUUUUUUGGCAUAAUGUAAAGAAUUGUAUACGGCGGGUUGCUUUGUGGAGCAGCAGUGGGUGAUUGGCCCGUGAUUGUGCAAUAUGCAGAUGUUGCUUUAAGUGAGCAGCUGUCCAACACAUGCUGUGCCUUGGUGAUGGCUGCUGCUGCUCUGGUAACUGUACACUGCUUGCCAUCCCAAAUUUUGAAAGGUAUUUAUGGUGGAACUGCAUGGCACCUGUACUUGGAAAGCAGGAGUUGGCAUUAUGAUGCUUUUGGGUGUAUAUAAUGGAUGGCUUCCCGAUAAGUGUAUUUGUAAUGUAUGGUGAUGGAUUGAAGGAAAUGUUUAUUCCGAUUUCAAAAGUUUGUAUAAACUUUUAUUUGGAAAUUA